AUUUUAUUUUUUUAACUUAGAUUGAAGGAUCCACUUGUCCCUUUUUUUUUAAUUAAAUACUUUUGGAGGGUCAAUGUACUCAUUUUUCUCGGGAGUAGCAGUGACUCAAAGUUCAGUCGUGGUUAGAUUUAGCCAAAACAAAGAUACCCCAAAAGCCAUUGACAAAUAUCUUCAGCUCAAAAUCAUAUAUACAUAUUAUUACAUAGUAGUACAGUAAGUAUUGUUUAGCAAAGUUGAAAAUGGAACUUAGCUCAAACUGGAGAUGGAAAUUUGAAGGAAGUGAAGUAGCAAAGAAAGCAUCAGCUUUCACUAUAAGAAGCUACCUCAACCCCUUACGUGAAACAAUUGAUAAAAGUGAUAUUACAAAAAGUGUAAUCCCUCUUAGUCAUGGAGAUCCAAGUGGAUUUCCAAGUUUUAGAACAACUAAGUUAUCAGAGGAUGCUCUUCUUGAUGCACUCCAAUCUGCUAAAUACAAUGGUUAUCCAGAUCCUCAAACUUGUUAUAUUCUUCAAGCCACUAGGGCAGUAGCAGAAUAUCUGUCUCAUGACUAUCCACACGAAUUGUCAGCAAAUGAUGUUCUUAUGACAGCUGGGGCAAAGCAAGCAAUAGAUGUCCUAAUUACAGCUCUUGCUGUUCCUGGUGCAAAUAUUUUGCUACCUAGACCAGGGUAUCCAACAUAUGAAGCAAUUGCCACAUUUACCCAUCUCGAAAUGAGGCACUAUGAUCUUCUCCCUGAACAGGAUUGGGAGGUGGACAUCGAUGGGGUUGAAGCUCUAGCAGAUGAUAGAACUGUUGCCAUAGUUGUCAUAAACCCUGGUAAUCCAUGUGGGAAUGUGUACAAGCGAGAACAUUUGAAGAAGAUAGCCGAGGCGGCAAGGAAGGUUGGAAUGCUAGUGAUAUCAGAUGAAGCCUAUGCUCAUCUAGUGUUUGGUAGUAAUCCAUUUGUGCCAAUGGGCGUCUUUGGAGAAAUUUCACCUAUUCUGACAAUUGGCUCCAUAUCAAAGAAAUGGAUGGUUCCUGGUUGGCGACUUGGCUGGAUCGCGAUGUGUGAUCCCAAUGGCAUCCUUCAAAAACAUGGGGUUGUGGAGUCUAUCAAGAACUACCUCAACCUCGGGAUUGUACCUCCUGCACUCACUCUGGGUGCUAUUACUCGUAUUCUUGUUGAAACACCUGAAGAUUUCUACUCUAAUACCAUAAACCUACUCAGAAAAGCAGCAGACAUUUGCUAUACUGGUCUAAGGGAGAUUCGGUGCUUUACUCCAUACAAGCCACACGGAUCCAUGUUUCUUAUGGCGAAACUAAACUUGUCAUUUCUGGAAGGCAUCAACAGUGAUCUGGAAUUCUGCACAAGGCUUGCUAGAGAGGAAUCUGUAGUUGUUCUACCCGGGGAAGCACUUGGAAUGAAGAAUUGGGUAAGAGUAACUUUUGCUGUGGAAAUUUCAGUUCUUGAGGAUGGCCUUAGCAGGAUCAAAGCCUUUUGUUUCAGAAAUGCCAAACAACAAUAAGCCUUUUGUUUUCUGUCAACAUUGGUCCAAGUCCACCACAAACACAAAUAAUAAAAGUUACAGGUAUUGCUAUGGGGCUCGAUAAUUGACUCCUAAUUAAGCCAUUGCAGUUAAGCCAUCAUAGCUCGAAAAGUGUCUGCAAUGGAUGAAAGCAUUCUAGUUAUCGAGAAGCAUAACAGCCGAGUGAAAGGAGGUGAUCUGGAGGUGCUCACUGAACCUCAUUGUCAAUCAUUGUCUUGAAGUAGAAUAAGUGCUUGUGAAAUGUAUCAAAUGUCUUCACUUUCCAAUGUUAUUGAUCGCGUUGUGGAAUCAAAGUAUUUUCAAAUCUCAUUGAACUGUUCUAUACAAGACGUUGAAGGCUUUGUUUAACACUGCAUAUGUGCUGGUUCAUUAUGCAGUGAAUUUGUCAAAUGGACAUGCUUAAUAACAAGUGGUAGUUUAACA